CCUCCCCACGGCUGGCUCCGCCCCUCGGUGAGGGGUGGAGGGGGGGUAAUGGGGGACCAUGGGGACACCCCCCAAGGGAUGGAGACAUGUCCCAGGGCCUCGGGGACAGGAGGGCCCCCCCAAGGGAUGAGGUCACCCCCAAGGGAUGAGGUCACCCCCAAGGGAUGGGGUCAUCCCCAAGGGACAGGCACACAGUGGGGGGGCAGGGAUGAUGUCCGUUGGGGACAGGGACACCCACCCAAGGGAUAGAGACGGGACCAUGAGGACAAUGGGAUCCUGGGGACAGGGACACCCCCCGGGGGAUGCCCCGGAGCCCUGGGAACAGGAGGACCCCAAGCGAUGGGGGCACCCAUGGGGUGAUGGGGCAAUGUCUGUGCAGCCAUGGGGACAGGGACCCCCCCUCGAGGCACAGCAACACCCCUGAGGGGAUGCAGAUGGUGCCCCAGGGCCUUGGGGACAUCCCACCUCAGGGUGACGAGGCCACCCCCUGUGUCCCCCCACCCCUCAUUACCCCCCCACUGACCACCCCUCGUGUUCUGAGCAUUGGAAAGCAGGGGGAGGUGCAACCCACAACCACCACGUCCCCCCUGGGGGGUGUGUGACACCCCCAAACCAGCCCUUUUCCAACCCGAUUCCAAGGCCUGUGCUGUGCUUUGCACCCAUGGGUGCUGGGGGGGGGUGUGGUACCGGAGCCCCUUUGCACCCCUUUGGCUGGAGAGGGCUAAGCCCUGGCGGGGGGGGCCAUGGGCCGGUGCCAAGGGAGGAGGGCAGGACGGACGGCCGGCCCCGCCGCAGCGUCGCCCGGACGCACCCGCUCGCCGCCACCCUCACCCCCAGCCCGGGGUGCCGGAGGGGGGGGACACACAGAGGACACCUCGAUCCCAGUGGUCCCCCCCCUCUCCCCACCACCGGCCAUGGGCAUCCAGGGCAUGGAGCUGUGCGCCGUGGCCGUGGUCAUCCUCCUCUUCAUCGCCGUCCUCAAGCAGUUCGGGAUCCUGGAGCCCAUCUCUGUGGAAGACGGCGGCGAUGCCGAGCUGGAGCUGGCGGCCGCGCGGCACCAACCAGAGGAGCUGGAGCAGCUGCUGGCACGGACCAAGUUCUCCAAGCGGGAGCUGCGAUCCCUGUACCGCGGCUUCAAGAGCGAGUGUCCCAGCGGCCUCGUGGACGAGGAGACCUUCACGCUCAUCUACUCCCGGUUCUUCCCGCAAGGCGACGCCAGCACCUACGCGCGCUUCUUGUUCGACGCCUUCGACGCUGACCGCAACGGGGCCCUCUGCUUCCAGGAUUUUGUCCUGGGGCUCUCGGUGCUGCUGCGAGGGACGGUGCAGCAGAAGCUGCGAUGGGCGUUUAACCUCUACGACAUCAAUAAAGACGGCUGCAUCACCAAGGAGGAGAUGCUGCAGAUCAUGAAGUCCAUCUACGACAUGAUGGGGCGCUGCACCCGGCCCGCGCCGCGGGACAGCGCGCCCGCCGAGCACGUGGAGCUCUUCUUCCAGAAGAUGGACAGGAACGGCGACGGCGUGGUGACCUUCGAGGAGUUCCUGGAGACCUGCCUGAAGGACGAGGACAUCAUGAGCUCCAUGCGCAUCUUCGAGGACGCGAUCUAGAGCCGCGGCUCCCGCGGGGUGUUUUCUAAUUAAAGCCGGUAGCGGCAGUUUGGGGACAAA